AAUCGGUUGGGAACGGUCUCUCAAAAAAGUGAUUUCUUGUGGUUUUAUAAAAUUUGUGAAAAAAAGUUAUAUUGUUAAGAUGAGUGGAUCAGGGAAAGGACUUUUAGGCUUGUGGUUAUAUCGUAGUGGUGAACAGGAGUGGUCAGUUAAACAUGGAAGUCCAUUACAUAAAAAACCCAUUGACAAUGAAGUCAAGGAAACUAGAGUUGAUGAAGGAUUAAAAAAUCAUUCACCCGGAGACAGGAUAUCUAUAAUUUUCACUCUCAAAAAUCAAGUUGGCAAUUUAGCAAGAGCCUUACAAGUUUUUCAAGAGCUUGGGAUAAAUGUCCUGCAUUUGGAGUUGUCGCCACUUGAGAAUGCCACAAACCAAGCUGAUGUCCUGGUGGAUGUUGAGUGUGAUCGAAAGAAAUUGGAUCAAGUUUUAGUGAUGUUAAAUCGGGAAGUUCAAUCGGUUAAUUAUACCUCAGCUACGGAUGAUAAUAAUCAAGUUAUUGGAGGGAGAGGAACGCUUUCGGCUUGUUCAAGUUUUGAUUUCGGUGAUAUGGUAUGGUUUCCGAGGAAAAUUUCGGAUUUGGAUAAAGCACAAAAUGUAUUGAUGUAUGGCUCGGAAUUAGAUGCUGAUCAUCCAGGAUUUAAGGAUCCAGUUUAUAGAAAGAGGAGAGAACAAUUUAGUGCAAUUGCUAAUUCGUAUAAGCAUGGAAACACAAUACCGAGGGUUCAGUAUACACCUGAAGAAAUCAAAACUUGGGGUACAGUAUUCAAUGAGCUGCGACGUUUAUAUGUCCAACAUGCUGUCCCUGAGUAUCUUGAAAAUUGGCCAGAUUUGGUAAAAUUUUGUGGCUACCGUGAGGAUAAUUUGCCUCAACUUCAAGAUGUCAGUACAUAUUUGAAACAUAAAACUGGAUUUCAAUUGCGACCUGUUGCUGGAUACCUCUCACCAAGGGAUUUUCUUUCUGGACUAGCAUUUCGUGUUUUUCAUUGUACCCAAUACAUUCGACAUUCAUCAGAUCCGUUUUAUACUCCAGAACCGGAUUGCUGUCAUGAACUUUUGGGACAUAUGCCAUUGUUGGCAAAUCCAAGUUUUGCUCAAUUUUCUCAAGAAAUUGGUCUGGCUUCAUUGGGUGCUUCAGAUGCUGAUAUUGAAAAACUUGCUACUCUUUACUUUUUUACCGUCGAAUUUGGUCUCUGUCUUCAACCAGAUAAAUCAUUUAAAGUUUACGGUGCUGGAUUGUUAAGUUCUAUUGCAGAACUUACACAUGCUAUUCAGGCAACUGAGAAAAUAAAAAAGUUUGAUCCUGAAAUAACUUGCAAGGAGGAGUGCAUCAUCACUUCAUAUCAAAAUGCUUACUACUAUACUGAUUCGUUUGAAGAAGCUAAGGAAAAAAUGAGAGAAUUUGCUGAUAGUAUUCAACGACCAUUUGGAGUAAGAUACAAUGCUUACACUCAAAGUGUUGAAGUUCUUUCGAAUGCACAAAAAAUCACUGCAGUUGUAACCGAAUUGAAGGGGGAUCUUAGCAUUGUUUUCUCAGCUUUGAAGAAGAUAUCUGCUCAAGAUGAUAAUUUGGACUUGGAAGCAGUAACAAAUAUGUUACACACAAGUCUUAAUGUUUGUGGUGAUAGAAGUCCAAUGAAUUCUAUAAGUCCUGAUAAUUCUGACAAUUCCCAAAACUCCAUUGAAGACCAUUUUAAAAAGUAAACUCAUAAUAAAGGCAUGAAAAGAAAAAACAGGACCAAUUAUAGGGAACAAUUUACGGUAUAGGGACAUAAAAUAUUGACUUAAAAAUGUAUUAAAUAAAUGUUUAUAAAAAUUGUUAUAUGUAUGUAUAAAUAUUAAUUCUAUGUGUUUAAAUACAAAAAUAAUAAAUAUUAUAUCUGGUGUUUUUGGUAUAAACAUGAUAACACAAAAUUAGAAUUUUUUAUUUAAAAUGUUUAUUUAAAAGUAUUAUAUCAAAUAAUUACUGUCACUUUAAGAAAAUUUCGGCAAAAAGUAUCAUAGAAGAAGUCUUUUAAUAAUUUUUUUUAAAUGCAGUUAUCAUGUUUAUACCACCACAAAUAUGUCGAUAGCGAAAUCAGUAGUAUGUUUCAGCUUAAUGGCUUUUGUUAAAAUAAAUUCUAA